CUUAUUUUCCCGUGAUGCUCGCAUCGCGAUGUUAGGCCUUUUCGUUACAGUUCGGUGCAGAGACCGCGGAUGCACGACCGCGACGAAAAUAUCCUCGAAAAAUCUCGGCAACCGGCCAAGCGGCCUCGAGAGAUCGCUAUAGUUCGAGGGACAGCUUUGAUAAGAUAAUUUAAAGGGGUCUUCGCGACUUCAAUCGUUCGCCCCGAGCCGCAUCGAGGUCCAUUCUCCAUGCUGGAAUCCGCUUAGCGAAGCUUCCUCUUCUUCGGGAAUCCGUAGCCUUUUUUUACCUUUUCUUGAUGCACUCGCGUUGGAAGCAUGCUUGUGAAAAGCUUUUAACUAUAUCGUGUUUUACGAAAAGUGACAUUUUCAUUAAGGGGUCGAGGGUAUUUCGUGCCUCGUUUUAUGUUCCUUUUCCAGCGACAAGAUUUAGGGGACGAUGAUAGAGAAACGAUACGAUCGAUAAAGAGACUUGCUUACUGCCUCGUGAAAGAUAAUAAAAAGAGUUACUAUCGUACGUGAAUUAAAACUACCUCUUCUCUUUUCCGAAUCCGAAAUUUUUUAAAAUUUAAAAUCGCGGAGGUGUCGUCACAAAGAGAUCAGACGGAUAGAGGAUAGACAGCUUUUUCGAAGUGGUCGUUCAUGUGACUAUGCAUAUUCAACCCUUGAAGAGAAAAACUAGUGAAUAAAAAGUUUAUAAACAGCGCAAAGCAACGUGACGAUUUUUGCUGCGUCCCGUACCAUCUCCUUUUUUCGCCGCGUGUACACGUCAAGAGUCAAGAGAGCAUUUCCGUUCCGCCAGCAGGAAGAUCGAUGAAAUCCCGAUGCGAGCACCGCCGUUGGAAGGAGAGAUAGUGUUUCGCGAGUGAUCCAGUGAAGCAGACCGAGAAGAUCGAAGGGAAUCGUGGUACACGCGUUACGAGACGCGAAAAAACGCGCGACAGUGUUAGAGACGUUUGUAUAUAUGUACAUAUAUGCCUGUGUGUGCGCGUGUGUGGUUAAACGAGGAGAGCGUCAAGAGAGGAGAUACGGAUCCGCGGAAACUGGGAGGAACGUUAAAUGAAUGUUGUUGCAAGGAGCGGCUGUGAUCGUGAGAAUAGAAUCGGUGCACGGCAGGAUCGGCCGAUUUCAAUUCAUAAAUGUGCCAGAGACGGAGCCCACAAUGGUGGCUCGGCUCCCGCAACAAGUUCUACUGCUGCUCGUACUCGUCACUGGGACGGCCGCGGAAGCCACACGCGAGACGGAGUCACUGUGGAGCGUGUACGACGCGAAAAGGAGCAACCGUUCCAUUCCCUGGUGGUCGUCCAGCACAGAACGCGCCACGGCAGAAAGCAAAUCCGUCAGAAAGUUUCGCCAGACAACUAGCUGGCACGCAGACAGCUGGAGUUCGAGGGAACGAGUUACGUUGGAAUUGGUAAGGCCGGUCGCCGAGAGCCCGAACGACGACGAGGAAGAGGAGGAAAUCGAAAUGCCCGCCAAUCUCGAGACAACGUCCAGAACGGAGAAGAAAGACGUAGGAAAAAUGAAAAUAUCGCAUCGAAACUCGACCGUGUCCACCAGGAGCGCGCUGGACACAAGGCUGAAGAUAAAUUCAUCCGCUGGUCGGACGUUUAUCGAAUCAACGUCGGAACGGUCGAGCUUCGACAAACGUGCUUUCUCCGACGACAUAGUGGCGACACAGGUAGCUCGGUUUACCUCGAGCUCGAUGAAAAAUCAGAGCAACAUAUCCACCACGUCGUCUACAUUCUUCGACGUUGUACGACGCCAGAUGAGACACGUUCCGGACGUGUGCGAAAAGUUCACCGUCGGAGAAGAGGGGAAGCAAGAAUUUUACAGCCCCAACUAUCCGGACAACUAUCCGAACCUCACCGAGUGCAUCAAAGUUCUGAAAGCUAACGAAGGUAUGCUGUUGAAACUCGACUUCCGAGACGAGUUCAAGCUCGAGGAAAGCGCCGACUGCCGUUACGAUUUCCUCGAGGUACGUGACGGCCAGCACGGCUACUCCAAUCUCCUCGGCAACUUCUGCGGCACAAAUUUCCCCCCAGAGAUCACGUCCAAGACCAGAUACCUCUGGCUCCGAUUCCAUAGUGACGAUAGCAUCGAAGGGAAGGGCUUCAAAGCCGUAUGGAAUAUGGUUCCAAGACCAACUUAUCCGGGUGUGCCGCCGGAACCAGAGCCAUGCGUGCGGUACGUGAAUGGCUCGGAGGCGAUUAUCAACAGCAACGACGUGAAGGAUAGAAAGAAACUCGCUGAAAGGGAAGGCAUUGCCAUAGACUGCCUUUGGAACAUCACGGUCAAGGAGGGAAUGAAGAUUCAGCUGACGUUCUCGGAUCCCUUCAAGCUGCAACGACCGAACGAGUGCGACGCCAACUUCGUGGACAUAUUCAAAGAACGCACUGACAUGUCCUCGAGAGAGAAGAAUUUCUGCGGCAGUAUUGCCGACACCGUGGUCAUAACUACCAACACCGCCUUUGUCAGAUUUUACGCGGAGCCGAAAGCGUUGAACAGCAGCUUCGAGGCUGUCAUGACAGCGCUCAGGGACAGAGAUCCGGGAGACAAACCUUGCCACGAUGACGAGUAUUACUGCGAGGACGCGACUUGCAUCGCAGCGAAUUUGCAGUGCAACGGAAGAGUCAAUUGCCGUUUCCGAUGGGACGAAGAAGACCAAGCUUGUAACACGAAGAAAUCACGGUUGAUCGACUCGCAGCAUAUCGUGAUAAUCCUCAUCGUUUUCUCCCUGAUCAUGUUCGGCAUGAGUUUCGCCUUCGUCUUCAACUGCGUACGGAAGUUGAUCCGGGAUCAUCGAAUCAUUCGGGAACACAUCAGACAGUCAAGAGAGAAUCGAUUGGACGAACUUGGUCGUAAGACGACACCUUGUCCAAUCUCGUCUUCGAGAACGGACAUCGGGGAUCGAGGUAGCGAGUCGCCGAGUUUAGAAGUGAUACCCAGCAAGGAACUUUUACCACCUACCACCCUGAUAGCUCAGGAUUACACGAAAGACCUGGUAUUAGAGAUGGCCUACAACACGCGGGACAUGAACGACAUCCACCAGAGUAACAACGUUAGCAACGCGACGCAAGAGCGUUUACAAGAAUCGAGCGAGGAGCCUGAAAUGCGAGACAAUUCGUGUCAAACGCGAGAGAGCUUGUUCGAGGCACGAAUCUCAGACAACGGGGUGCCUUUAGGGUUCACGACGUUCGGAGUGCGCGGACCGAGUUCACAAAACGGGACCAAUCAUCUUCAUCACCAUCGCCAUCAUCAUCUGCACCAUCACCAGAGUCCGCCGCAAUCUCGUCAGGGUUCUUUGCCAUCUCAGCACAGUGCUACCCAACAGUCUUCCGAGCAGAGCUCUCAGCAAGUGGCCUCUCAAUGCUCCGGUUGUAGUCCAGCAUCGAGAGGUCGAGACGGUAGCAUGGGUAUUUGUCCGAAGCACAAUCCCAUUCCAGCACCGCCGGGCUGGUCGACCCACGAAUCCAACUAUCCGCCUGCCCUGCAUCAAGGCACCCCUUACCCGGAACCCCUGGAUUAUCCUUCGUACCAGAGGUUCCAAAGCCCGAAACCGAGCAGAGAGAACAGCGCUUAUCGCCAGUCGCCGAAGCUAUUGAGACAAGGGACAGCCGGCUCCGGCGAGAGGUACGGUAGUUCUAUCUACGGCUCUGGACACGGAUCCAGCAACACGUCGAGCGCACAACACUCGGGCACGCCAAAGUGCCCUCAAACGACACCGGAUCCAAGGUACAGAGCGGAGGCGGUGAUAGAAGUGGAUCAGAGGCGGCCUUUCAGUAUAGAGAGCACAAAGAGCGCACCGGACGUGAUCGCGACUCACUGACGCCGGGGUCCUGGGGAUUGGGAGCCCUACAAGAGACGCCAUCCCCGUCAAACCGUGACCGAUCAUCAGUUGCAUGCUCGAAACGAUGGAAACAAGGUCACAGUGGCCACACAGAGCUCCUUGGAUGACGAUGCUUCGACCAGCUCGACCAUAGAGGCGAAUUCCUCCUCCUGAUCCACGCAUACCGGCGCGAUCGAUCGAUCUGCCCAAUCGGACCAGGACCUAUCCGACCAGGACGAUCGAAAGCCUCUCGAGAAGUCCGAACGGAACAUCCGUGAAACAGAGAGACGGUACGACGUCUCGUUACCGAGAUCCACGGAAAUCGGCAAAAUAAAAGAGGCGGACACGUGUCCGGGCAAUAACGGUGAAAUCGGCGGAACAGAAGCGAACGAGCUACCCUUACGAGACUCUGUCGGGACAAAUACGGGGACAUUACACGGCGAUGUCACGAUCCUACACUCGACUGGAAUAGAAUCGAUGGAAAGUGUUCCUGUUGCGAGGACAUCGUCCGCGUGCCUGGCCUUAAAACCGAACGAUCUGCCGAUCCUGAGGCCUCCGGAGGCCUUCGGAGCACCAAUUUUCCGAUGUAAAACACCGACCUUGGCUUGGCAGCACUGCGACUGCCCCUCGCAUUCUCAUUUACCGCCACGAAGAUCGUCGGUUAUCUGGAGCGUCUUGAAACGAUACAACCAAGAACCUUUUUAUCGAACCUGGCCUAACAGAACCAAUCGAAGGUUCGUUCGACCAUCGAGAAGAACCGUGGGUACUCAGAGCACGUUCGAAGGAUCGCGAUCGUCUCUUGGGGGUCUUCGUUGCGUCGUCAGGUCUAUCGAUAUGACGGAAAGAUCGAUGGACCUGGAGAUUGGAGCUACCAUACCGUUCUAACGUCUACUUUGCGAAUCGCGAGGGGUUUGUUUUCGCACGCUUAAGGUCGAUUGGAUCGCGGACCAAAGGUUUUGUACGCGAGGGAUUAAUAACGAGCGUAUUAUUGUUAAUGUAAGCUUAGAAUCGUUUCUCGUUGUUAAUUAAAUCGGAUACUGUUCGUAAACGAACGCUGUUUAUCGAUUUAUUGCGUUACAUUUGAGAGGCUCGUUAUUGUUAUUAUAACUUUUAGGCUGUUUCUAUAUCGAUGCAUUUUUUAAUCCUUUCGACUUUGAAUCAGAGCACAGGCUGAAUUUUUUACUCGCGAAAAAUAUUCAAUAACCUCCUGAUCAAUGAUCAAAUUGUGUAACACGAAGGAUCGAUCACAUUCGUGAUUACUCGUGAUUCGGAAAACAACCGCUGUAGAAGACAAACACAGGUGUCUGCCUAUACUGGAGACCACGGUUCAUAACGAAGUGUAUCAACACCAAUACACCGGUUCACGGUCAUGAAAGGAUUAAUCAGAUGCAACAGAUAUAUCGUGCCUAAGCAAAGACGCAAACUGUAUAUUUCGUUUCCUUCACGAGAUAUCAUUACAAACAGGGGUGAAUCCAGACGUUCGCAUAAAUUAUUUAUACGUUAUGAAAAACAAACAAUAAUACGUUUUGAAAGAUUUCAUAACUCUUCUGGAUUCACCGGUUAUUACAAAAGAAAGUUCGUUUUCCACCAUUUUGUGUAUCUACGUUAGCGCCAAAACGUGUUGCUACUUACCACGAUA